GAAAAAAACAUAAGUUAAUUAACCUGACAAAGGGAGUGGGAUUAAAUUCAAUCACAAGAAAAAGCACAUCCCAAAUCCAUGGCAAAACAAGAGUUGGAGAAAGAGGAGAAGAACAAUGGCACAAGAGAGAGGCCUAACAAGAAGGAAGUCAUCAUCACUGUCUAUGUUGAAACACCAUCACCGUCUGAUUCGUCCCAUCAGAAAACUGAUGAUCAUGUUAAGAAGAUCAAGCCCAAGCCUAGCUCCCAAAACCCUCAUCAGACUGCGAAAACACGAAUCCAUGAUCACCGAGCUCGACUCCUUGCUUAUUCUCAAGAGCUAAGAACAACUGGUGAUUCCCAGAAAGUGCAAUGGCAUAAGCCUAGGGUGGGAAACAAAAGGUUCACAACUCCAAUAAGACUCAGAAGAACACAGACCAGAUGGAGAUACCAGCGCUUAGUACCAGAAGUAGACGUAUAUUGCAAUCCCAAAUCCAUCACAGGCAGGAACAACAAGUCCGCCGAAUCAGAAACAAGUUCUAACUUUCUGAGGAAGCUAAGGUGUGUGCUGAGGGGUAUAUCUGGCUGGAGCUGCAACAAGGGAUCCAAAGUUGCUGAGAGAAAUUAUCAUGCUGUUUGAGAGUUUUUAAUGUUAAUUUGCUUGAAUGGGUCGUAUGUCUUUUUUCAACCCACUUAUCCUGCCCUGUCUGUUACAGAAGUAAAAUUUAAGAUCCAUUUUUUCCUCCAUGUGUAGACAUUUUAAACAUCUUGCUAAGUUAAAAAUACUCGAAACAAGGGAAGUUAUUGC